CUCUAGGUGCUAUAUAUAUUUCAUUCUUGACUUGUCUGUGACUGUAAUGAGAGGAAUGACAAUAAACUUGACAUUUUGGUGUGUAUAUGCAGGCGCACACAGUUAUGCAGUUUGUCUGAUAGAUGUGUGUGUCAUUAUUUUCAUGGUCAACACUUGGUCAAGGAGGAUUGGUGUGUCUGCCCACACUGUGAUUUCCCUGCUCUCUAUUCGCAGUUCACUCAGUAAGUCUCAUCCAUCCAUGGUCCAUCUAUCCAUCCACCUAUCUAGUCACCAACCCAUCCAUUGAUUUUCUGUAUUUGUAUGUGUUUGUUUCAGGCUCUUAGAGACUGAGUCGGUUUUCCCCAUGUGCACUGAGACUUUAAAUGUCAGUGAGAUGAAAAAAGUUUCGGACUGCUCCAGAUAUCUGCACCAGGACCAACUGGAGCACUGAGAUCCAGAGGGCAAGAAAAGAGAAAUGAAAGGGUGUGCAGUCAUGGUUCUCAAAGGGCUGAUCUUGUUGUUGCUGUUGGUACAGUUCUCUGCAGAGAGCACUGCCAAAGAAGGAGGCAAACACAAGAAGGGGAAAAAGGGCAAGCAAGUCAUCUGUCCCUCUCAGUUAUCAGCAGAGGACUUGGACAGAGUCCCAGCCAACUCAACCAGCAACAUACUGAACCGCUUGUUGAUGACCUAUGAUUCACGAAUACGACCAAACUUCCAAGGUAUCCCAGUGGAGGAUAAGGUGAACAUCUUCAUCAACAGCUUUGGGUCAAUCCAGGAGACCACAAUGGAUUACCGUAUUAAUAUAUUCCUGCGCCAGCGCUGGAAUGACCCACGACUACGGUUGCCAGCUGAUUUUAAGUCGGAUGCAUUGACCGUUGAUCCAAAAAUGUUCCAGUGCCUGUGGAAACCAGAUCUGUUUUUCGCCAAUGAAAAAAAUGCUAAUUUUCACGACGUUACACAGGAAAACAUACUCCUGUUCAUUUUCCGCAAUGGAGACGUCCUCAUCAGUAUGAGGCUGUCUGUCACUCUUUCUUGCCCUCUGGACCUAACACUGUUUCCUAUGGACACCCAGCUCUGCAAGAUGCAGUUAGAGAGCUUUGGCUAUACUACAAAGGAUCUUGUUUUCAUGUGGCAGUCUGGAGACCCUGUUCAGAUGGAUGAGAUUGCUUUACCACAGUUUGAUGUAAAGCAAGAGGACAUUAAGUAUAGAAACUGCACAAAGUUCUACCCGGGAACAGGUUAUUAUACUUGUGUGGAAGUCAUCUUCACUCUCAGGAGGCAGGUGGGCUUUUAUAUGAUGGGUGUUUAUGCUCCCACUCUGCUCAUUGUUGUCCUAUCAUGGCUGUCCUUCUGGAUCAACCCUGACGCCAGUGCAGCUCGAGUCCCCUUAGGUAUUCUUUCUGUUCUGUCACUGUCAUCCGAGUCUAUGUCUCUAGCAUCUGAGCUUCCUAAGGUCUCCUAUGUGAAAGCCAUUGAUAUCUGGAUGAUUGCCUGUUUGCUGUAUGGUUUUGCCUCUCUUGUGGAGUAUGCUGUGGUUCAGGUGAUGCUAAACAGUCCCAAGCGCAUUGAGGAAGAGAAGAUAAAAAUGGCUCAGAAAGAAAAAGAAAGAGAAAAAGAGAACAAGACACCAGCUAAAACUAACAGUGCCAAUGGCACUGGUGGGACACCUAUACAUGUCAGCACACUACAGGUUGUGGAAAACCGCUGUAAGAAGGUGUGUACUUCAAAAUCUGAUCUGCGCUCAAAUGAUUUCAGCAUUGUCGGUUCUCUCCCACGAGAUUUCGAACUCUCAAACUUCGACUGUUAUGGCAAGCCCAUUGAGGUCACAGAUGCUGCCGGCAAAUCACAGAACAAGAACAACAAGAAGCCGCCACCUCCAAAACCCGUCAUCCCGUCUGCUGCUAAACAGGUUGAUCUCUAUGCUCGAGCUCUGUUCCCUUUCACCUUUCUUUUCUUCAAUGUUAUUUACUGGUCUGUCUACCUGUGACCAUGACAGAGUGUAACCGUGCAUUCACACCGUAGCAUUUUCUGACCACAUUAGUUCAUUAGUUAGAAAAUCACAUUUCUAAAAUAGAUUCUUAGUUAUGUGCAGUUUGACUAAGUUAGCACUUAACCAUGCAC